AUGAAGACCGCUGCUCUGCUAUCUGCCCUUGUGCCCAGUGCGUUGGGUACAACCAUCUACCUUGCUGGUGACUCGACCAUGGCAAAGGGUGGUACCGGAUCUGGCACUGCUGGUUGGGGUGAAUACGUGAAGCCGUAUACCUCCCUCACUGUUGCCAAUCAAGCUGUCGCUGGCCGUAGCGCCCGAUCAUACACACGAGAGGGCCGCUUCGAUGCCAUUGCAGCCGUGGUCCAGUCCGGUGAUUGGGUAGUCAUUGAAUUUGGACAUAACGACGGUGGAUCGCUGUCGACCACAGACAACGGGCGUACCGACUGCGGCGGCACAGGAAGCGAAACCUGCAGCACAACAUACAACGGCGUCGCCGAGACGGUUCUCACCUUCCCAGCCUACCUGGAGAAAGCAGCCAAAACGUUCAAGGCCAAGGGUGCGAACGUGCUCAUCUCCAGUCAAACACCCAACAACCCCUGGGAGACUGGCACAUUCACCUAUUCUCCAUCGCGGUUUGUAGAGUAUGCCCGGCUGGCAGCUGAAGUGGCGGGAGUCUCCUAUGUCGACCAUGGAGCGUAUGUGGCGGACCGAUUUGAGACCCUGGGUCUCACCACCGUUGAUUCAUACUUCCCCUUGGAUCACACACACACCAGCACUGCCGGUGCAUCGGCCGUGGCUCAGGCCUUCUUCAAGGCGGUGGUUUGCGGUAAUGUUGCGCUGAAGAAUUCUCUGACCACCACCUCAUUCCCUGGUAGCUGUCUCUAG